AUGGUCCAACCAAGGAUUUUGUUCAUCGACGCUUAUGACUCCUUCUCCAACAACAUUAUCAGCCUCGUGGAAAGAUCCUUGGAAGUUACUGUAACAAAGCUCACAAUCGACUCUCAACUUCCUUCUAACCUCCAUGAGUCGUACGCGGGUAUCAUCAUUGGCCCCGGCCCCGGCAGCCCGUACAAACCAGCCGACGUGGGCUGUAUUCAGCAUGUAUGGUCUCUACCAGAAGAUCAGAUGUUACCAGUUCUAGGAAUUUGCCUAGGAUUCCAAAGCCUUGUGGUCCAUUUUGGAGGCGCCGUUGAGCGAUUGCCAUAUCCGCGUCACGGCAUCGAAACGGAUGUUCAGUGCUGCAAUGACCCCCUCUUCGUGGGAAUCCCCAAGUUGCGCUCUGUGCAGUAUCACUCCCUUCACGGAGUCGUUGGACAUACCUUUGAGGGCGAGGGUCUCUGGGACUCACAUGAAACGUGCCCGGAGCUUGUCCCGCUAGCAUGGGACAUCGACCAUACGUUUUCGCGGGCCCCUCCUACUCCCGAAGACCCGCGAAUUGCGCUCGGUCGACUCAACCCGACUCAUAUCUUGAUGUCUGUAAAGCAUCAGACCAAGCCCUUCUACGGAGUCCAGUUUCACCCGGAAUCGGUUUGUUCGAGCCCAGAAGCACGUCAAGUGAUUUGCAAUUGGUGGCAGAUUGCCAAGGAAUGGAACAGUCACCGUCAGGUUUCCCAGCCAUAUGGGGCAUCUGAGCCUAGUUCGGUCUUGUCGAAGACACUGAACAUGGAAAGCUUGAAUCUUGCCGUUAUCAGAGAUGCUCUCAAACCAAGCGGGGAUGAGCUCGUGGUUUUAGACUCCGAGAUGGCCCAGAAUUCGCCUUUAGGUAACUACUCCAUCCUCGGCCUAGUCUACCCCGAAACCCUUCGCCUAUCCUACAGUGCAGGUGAUAAACAAGUCCGCCUACAGCAGGGUGAGGAAUUGACCACUCAGAUAUUGGAUGGUGAUGAUCGCCACGUCUUCACUUUCCUCAAGGCCUUCAUGGAGAGCCACAAGCGGCUGUAUGGAAAUGAAAAGUCUCCAUUCUGGGGAGGGCUGAUGGGUUACAUCAGCUAUGAGGCUUGUCUAGAAACCUUGGGUAUCAAGGCUCAGUCUCAUCCCGAACGUCCAGAUGUACAGUUUGCGUUUGUCGAGCGCAGCAUUGUGAUAGACCACACUGCUCGCCAGCUUCACAUUCAGAGUAUCAAGCCUGAUGAUCAUGAAUGGGUCAACGAAUCUGCUACCAUACUGGAUCGCUUGGCACGCCCAGAGCUGUUUUCCGAACCCAAAGUCAGCGACGACUACGCCGAGAACGGUUCAACCCGCAGCAACUCAUCGUCUUCGUUAUCCAAAGAGGAUUCUCUCGAGAGUUCAGAUACUAGCUAUUCCUCUUCGCCUCCAUCGGCGGAUUUGGAGGGCAACAAGCAGGUCACACGUACCGUGUUCACCAUCCCCGACGAAGCCGCAUACACGAGAAAAAUUCGGGAGUGCAAGACAGAGAUUCAGCACGGCAACUCCUACGAACUAUGUUUGACCGACCAAACCAAGAUUGAUAUUUCUACCCCUAUGCCCCCAUGGGCACGCUACCUGCGCCUCCGCAGAGUCAACCCUGCUCCUUUUGGUGCCUUCAUCCGCCUCGGGCCAAUCACUGUGCUAUCGUCUUCCCCAGAACGGUUCCUAUCCUGGACUCGUCCCAACAAGGAAGACGCGGUCACUUGCCAGUUCCGGCCCAUUAAGGGAACCGUCAAGAAGCGACACGAAAAUCCUGAUGGGAGCACACAUUUUGUCGAUCUUGCCACGGCGAAGGAGAUUCUGGCCUCACCUAAAGAACGGGCCGAGAGCUUGAUGAUCGUUGACCUCAUUCGUCAUGACCUUACCGGUGUCGAGAACUCUAGUGACGUGCGAACGACCUCCCUGAUGCAAGUCGAGGAGUAUGAAAGCGUUUAUCAACUAGUGACCGUCAUAGAAGGCACAAUGCGGCCCACAUGCGCUGCCCAUGACCCAAAAUACCAACCGCUCGGAAUGGGGAUCGAAGUCCUUGCGGCCAGUUUGCCGCCAGGAAGUAUGACAGGAGCCCCCAAAAAGCGGUCGUGCCAGUUGCUUCGAGGUAUUGAGGAAGGCAAACCACGAUCGAUCUAUUCGGGCGUAUUGGGGUACAUGGAUGUCAGAGGCGGAGGAGACUUUUCUGUCGUCAUCCGGACCGCCUUCCGCUGGGAUGAUGAGACCACCGAGACAGAUGAGACUUGGAGGAUUGGAGCAGGAGGUGCUAUCACCGACAUGAGCCAGGAACUUGCCGAGUGGGAUGAGAUGCACACCAAAGUUGACGCUGUGCUUCGGUCGUUCAAGCUUGUGCACUAA